GUGAAUUGCUUGACCUCACGCUACAUUUGAAUUGUUUUCAUAUGUGGUUUUAAGACUUGAUGUUAGUUUCUUUCUUGGAAGACUGGAUUAUUUUCAUGAUGUCGUCUGAUAUUAGUGAUUUUACUUAUGACAAAUUGCUCGCAUUGGCAUCACGAUACAACAGACGACUUCAGCAGGAUAAAAUGAGUCGCCUACCUUUCUUGGAUGGCGCUACGGGUAUAGCUCAGAGACCAUGCCUAUUGUACCGCAACCAAAGAGAAAGAGAAGGAGGUGAGCAAGUUCCAAUAAAUCCUAACUUUUAGGCUAUUUAACCCAAAUUUAUCGGUAUCGCCCUCAUAGAUGGAAAAAAAGCAGACGAGCUGGUCAGCUUCCUUCUUUUUUAUAUCAUGGAGAUACACUUAAUGGAAAUUUAAAAACUGAACGUCUUAAUAUCGCUUCAGGUUAUGACGUAAAUCCUAAAGAAGUAGAUGACGAAGAUAAUCGAAGUACAUGGGCAGCUUGCCCAGAGUACGAUGUGGAUUCUGAUGCUAGUGAUCUUAUGGAUGAAAACCCCGUUGUUCGAAGGCGGAGAAGAAAAGGGCGAACCCCACGCAUUAGUCGGUCAGCUCAUUCUGGACCAGGUCGGCGCCGUUCUGCUUACUCUGGUUUUGAUGACGAUGCAAAUGACCGCCAAACGUCUUUACCUGUAUUCCUGUGCGAAUUUUGUGGUGUGCGAUACAGGUCUCGGGCUGGAUUAAACUAUCACAUCAAUUCACAACAUUCAGAGACCCCAAGAAUGAGUUGUGCGCGUCCAGCUUUCAAGUCGCCCUAUCGAGGAGAUGGUCACCAUCACAACCAUCAUUCUCAUCAUCAUCAACAACAACCUCAGAUUAGUCAUUUGCUCAAUGGAUCAUUAAACAAUUCAGGAAUUUCCAAUAAUUAUCCAUCUGGUUCCCAUUCCAAUUCAUUAAAUAACAAGAACAAUGAUAAUAGUAAUCUAUUUUCUUCUGCGAAUGGUCCGAUUGCUCCAUCACGGGUUCGGCCUUCGACUGUCGAGAAAGGUGGUAGUUUAAUUAUUGAAGCACGUGAAUGGCGAGAUGUGAAUGUUACAGACUCGACCGAAAAUACUUGUGAUUUCUGUCUCGGUGAUGAAAGAUUGAACAAGAAGACCGGACAGCCAGAAGAUUUGUUACGAUGUUCAGACUGCGGACGGUUUGCUCACUUCUCCUGCUUGCAGUUUACACCAAAUAUGAUUGCUUCUGUACAUACUUACCGAUGGCAGUGUAUAGAGUGCAAAACUUGUUGGCUUUGUGGAACUUCAGAAAAUGAUGAACAAAUGCUGUUCUGUGACGAUUGUGAUCGAGGUUAUCACAUGUACUGUUUAGAUCCACCGUUAUCUGAACCACCGGAAGGUAGUUGGAGUUGUAAGUUGUGUGUAGAGCGUUUUCAAACAACAGCUGCUUCCUAUUCUACCUCUUUAGUUGAUGUUGGUAUGACGAAGAAAUCUGAUACAUAUAAUAAUGUAAUAAAUCAUAAUGAUGUAAAUACUUGUGAGUCAAAGUUGAAUGUGCCUUGUUGUUCAACGGCGUUGACAUCGUCAGUUGUUAGCACUGUUGAUGUUGCUGCUGCUUCUUUCCAAACACCCUUAACCUCAUCUUCACCAUCCUCUUCCUCACUUUUCCAGUCUUCAACACAUCUUCAAAAGAUAUUGAUUAACUAUAUCGAUCCAACUGUUUCUUGAUAAGUUUUUCUUUGUGUAUCCUGUACUCUUCAAGUACAUAUAUUUACGAUGAGAAAUCAUUGUAUAUGUCUUGGUAACAAUAAUAAUCUGAAAGUAUUUUCUAGGAUUUUUAAAUUCACUGAAAGAAUCUAAUAUUUUCUCUCUAUCCAAUCUUCUUAAACCUCUCUUACUACUUAUGGAGUUGAUUGACCCGAGGGAUAAUGAAACAAAGGUUGACAAGUGUACACACUGUUUGAAACAAAGUGUAAACGUCUGCCUACAUCAAUCAUUAUCUUUAUUUAUGUGCAUAAAUCUGAUCAAUUGCUUUUCUAUCUCACUAAACUGACUACUUAAAACGUCUGGCUAUGCAUGUGUGUGUGUUAUACUUGUCUUGUUUCACUGCUAUCCUUUCUUCAUUUCUCUAAUAAUGAGGGAGGAGCAUAAGUCAACCUUAGUGUAACCUCUUAUUCACUUCUAUGUUUAGUGUUUUUUUCCUAAAAAAAAUGUAUUUUUCUCUAAGUGUAUGUUAUAAUGUGGUUAAUGUUAGAUAUUCUGAUGUACUGAGCUAUUAUUCGCCUUCCUCUCCACUUUUUGUAAGAAAUAUGAUUCUCAGUUGUGUUCUUUUUUUUACCGCUAGUAUUUUAUAAGUUAGCGUUUAAUGAUUACCAAUUUUUCUACCUGUAUAUUAAGUUGUUUAUCCUGCAUCAUCAUCAUAAUGAUACGGAGGGGUUGAUCUUAUUUCUUUGUUACAACCUCUGUUUCUUAGCAUUUUUCUUUGAAUAGGUGGCAGAUGUUUGCUACCAUCAUACAAAAUUACUGUUUUUAUUAAUUUAUUGCAUUAUUGUUAUUAUUUAAAACACUUCUACUCGACACUAUUAUCGCUAUGAAUAUUGUGUUUUCUACUUAUAUGUGUAUGCCUUUUUGUUCAGCUCUUUUUUCUAUUCCGAAAAUGGUAUAUAUUUUGUAUUACUAUUAUUAUUAUUAUUUCUUGACUUGACUGCCAUAUUUUACUUUCUGACGAAGUAUUUUAACCUGGCUUACUUUAUCAUGGAUUGGUUUAAAUGCUAUUAGAUUUAUAUGUAAUAAAACUAGGUUAC